AUGCAAUUAAAAAAAAUACUACUGAAAAAGGAAGAACUCUACGAAAGUGAAACAAAUCUAUUGAUUUCACGAACUUUACAAGAGGUUAUGAUAUGUAAACUAAACGAGUUAAAAGAGCAAUUAAAACAGUGUGAUAAAUCAAAAUCUCGUUGGAGUAAGAUUGCCACUACUUUAAAACCAAAUAUAAAAACACCAUUAGAUUGGGUAUUGUAUUCACACAAUGAUCAUUUCUGUUUGUUAAAAAGAAGUGAAGAAACUCUUGGAAUAAAAGAAAUAGAAGGAUGUUUGAUUAAAUACAAUCAAGUUAUGAAAUCUAUGAUAAAUCCAGCUAUUAUAAAUAAUUUAAUAGCACCUUCUCUAUCUCCUAAAGUCGACAUUGUUCGAGCUGGUGGAAGGAUUAUCAAAAUAUUAGAUGGUAUAGUCUACGAAGAAAAUUUCAAAACACCUCCUUUUAAAGACUAUAUAUUGACUUUAAAGGAAAAAAGAAAUGAAUACAAACAACAGGGUAAUACUGUAGAUAGCAAUUGCAUGAAAUUAUUGGGAAAUUUACGGUAA